AUGAAUCCAUACGAAAUCAAGAAUCAUCUAGCGUAUGGUAGUGAUCCUACCUUAUCUUCAACUGUGUCAUCACCAGCAACAGCAACUACAACAACAACGCGACCACUGCAAUCACCUCCCAUUAUAUCAUCAAAUCAAGACCCUACAUCAUCAAGUUCUUCAUUGGAGAAUACAAAUCGUUUAUUAUCUGAUUUAGAACGAAAAUUAUCCAUCAUUUCUUCAACUUCUUCAAAUCAAACCCAACAAUCUCAAGCAUCUUCCGUCAUUGUAAAUAAACUGUUAUCAGGUAUAGGUAAACAAAACAUUCAAUCAGCUGUAUUACAAUAUAUUAAAAAUACUGAUAAUGAUACCAAUAAUCAUAAUAAUAGCUCCCUGGAUAAUUUCUUUAAUCCAAAUGAAUUAUAUCAAGAACGUCAAGUUAAAUUAGUUACUAAAUUUGGUAACUAUUAUAAUGAUGAUAAACAACAACGGAAAAUAAAUCAGACUAAUACUAGUAAUAGGGGUAAACUCGAUGAUUUUAAUGAUAUUGAAAGUCAAGCUUCAACUAUAGAUCAAGAAAAGGAAUUAAAUCUUCAUGGUAAUAAUAAUAAUAACAAUAAUAAUAACAGCAUCCACACGAAUAGUACAACCAGUCCUAACACUGAGAGUGAUAAUGACCACAAUGAUGAAGUCAUUCUUUCAACUCCAAAUUUGCAUACUGUCGACACUAGCAUAGAAGGUGUUAAUGUCGAUGAUCCUAUUGGUAUAGAUACCGAAGAAUCAAUUGAAAUAAAUCAUCCUAAAACACUUACAGCUGAGAAUGAAAACCUUAAUGAUAUAAUAGAUGAACCAGUACAACAGAAACAAUAUGGAAUAUUCUUUCGAGAUGAAGUCGAUGAUCAUCGUCAUGAUAUUCACGUUGAUGAAGAUGAUGAAGAUGAAGAAUAUGAAGAACUUUUAUUACCCCCUUCACCUCCUAGAUCACCUCCACGAGAUAUGGAUCCUAGUAAGUUAUAUGGAUUAUAUGAUUUUUCUGGUCCUGAUCCUUCCCAUUUAACUUUAAGUCGCGAUGAACCCGUUUAUUUAAUUAAUGAUACUGAUAAUUAUUGGUGGUUAGUACGUAAAAUGAAUACAGAAGAACGUAUCAAAUAUGAAAGACUCAAGAACUUAACUGAUGAUGAAGAUGAAGAUUAUAAUAAAGAAAAUGAAGAUGGGAAAAUUGGGUUUGUUCCAGCUGAAUGUCUUGAAACUUAUGGUGAAAGAUUAGCCAGAUUAAAUUGUUUCAAAAACGAAGAGUUAGAAAAAUCUUCUAAAGAUAAUUUACUGGAUUUAACCGUUAAUAAUCUCACUAAUAAUGAUAGUACCAGUUCAUAUGGUCUUGGUAUAAUUAAUGAAUCAGGAUUCUUCCAAUCAGAUGAUAGUUUAUCAAGAAAUAAUAAUAGUUCAAGUGGUAUCCUUUCCAGAGGUAAUAGUUUAUUAAAGAGAAGUGGUUCUAAAAAGAGUAAUAAAUCUGUUACAUUUGAAAAUCUUGCUGAUUUAGCAUUAGAUGAAGAAGAUGACGACGAUGGUGAAGACGAUAAUGAUAAGAGUAAAGACAGUAAUGAAAUAGAAGGAGACAUUUUAACUAAUAACGAUGAAGAUUUAAUAAGAGAGGAAAAGAAAAAAGCGGGAUUUGAUAUUGAUAAUUAUUAUGAUAUCCCUCAUAGUGAAAUCAAUAAGAAUUUGAAUGAUGAUCUUCUUGCUCCUCAUAUUAAUGACGAUGAAAAACGAUCUGAAGUUUUAAGUGAUGUGUAUCCUACUGAAACUCCAUUGAUUAUAAAUAAAAAUUCUAAGAAAACAUCUCCUACCAUAAUAUCAUCAUUAACUUCCACCACUGAAAAGACAAUCAAUCAAUCACAACAAACACAACCAUUGCUUAAUUUAAUGCAACCUCCUUCUAAAACGAACAAUCAAGCCAUCAAUCCAUAUGAUACAAUUUCAAUUGGUUCAUUUUCUCCAGAUACACCUCCAAUAGGCUUUUUAAGAUCAAAUGAUUCUCCAUCUCAUCAAUUAACUACACCAGUAGAUGAUAAGUUUGAUGCAAUUGGUAUGGAAAGUAUUAGUGCAGGAAGAGGUGGUCAUGCGAUUGACGAAGGAUAUGUUUCCCCUAAUUUGAAUUUAUUAAGACGUUCAGUGAUUUUAGAUCGUUUGACUAAAGUUACAUCUGAUAUUCAAGAUAGUUUGGAUGAAUUUGAUAUUGAUGAUCUUGAAGAUGAACAAAGUCCAAUUAAAGAAAUAUCUACGAAAGAAUUAUUACCACCAACACCACCAGUACCUACACCACAAGCCAAUGAUUCUUUGGUUAAUAAAGUGAUUGCUUCUAGAAUCUCAUCAACAUCUUCUACUGUAUCAGCUGCAGAACAUACUGAAGAAUCAAUCGAGCAUGAUAAAGAGGUAAAAGUUUAUCAUUCUACCCCUGAACCAGAAACUAGUUUCCAUACUCCUCAAGAAGUAGAAGCAACAUUAUCAGAGCAUAAUAUUAGUAAUAAUUAUCCGACAAUAUUAGUAUCCACUGAUAAGGAGAUCGUUCCUGAAGCAGGAGAAAUUAUUGAUAGACAACGUGAUGAAGAUGAAGAUGAUGAAUUCGAAGAAGAUGAAACCAACGAUCAAGAUGAUGUAGGUCAAAGAGAGCAUGAAGAUAUAACACCAUUAACAAGCAUGAAUUCAUUGAAUUACGGAAUUUCAAACAUCCUAUCUAACACUCCAAAUAAAUUAUCCUCAACAUUAACACCAACUAAUACUACAACUACAAACAAUACUUCUUCAGAAACACCAGUGUCUACAGACCAAAUUACAAGUCCAAUAACUAGAAACAUUCCCUCUUUAACAACUACAACUAAAACUAAUGUGGCUGAUAAAAGAAAAUCAAGACCAGUUCAUGAUAUGUUUAUGCCCAUCUUAGGUAAAUUUGAUGAAUUGGCUGAAAAAUUGGCCGAAUUAGAAGACCUUCUUUAA